AAAUCAAUGGCAGUGGAAAACGUCUGGAAUCGGAACAACCUGCCAGAUUAUGUGUGAAUUAUAUGUUUUUACAAGGACACAAGACAUAUAAUCUACGGUUAAAUGUACUUAAUAUCGGAAAGAUGUCGGUGUAUGACUUGAAUGAUCUGCAAGCCAAGUAUGAUGUUUUGGCGAACGAGUAUCAGAUAUGUCGAUGUAAAUUGGACAGUAAAUGUGAAGCAUUGCUUAUAUUGAGUAAAGAAUUGGACCAAUGUCGGAGUGAAAGAGAUCAAUUUAAGUUAAUGGCUGAACAACUGAGAGAAAGAUAUCAGGCUUUAAAAAGACAAAUAUCAGGAAGGUCACCACAAGGUUCAUCAAAUGAUCUGUUAGAUGUUCAUAUGUAUAAAGACAUGGAAACAGAGAGCUUGGUUCAGCUUCUGUGUGAUACAAAAGAAAUAAAGAAAUCUCUACAGUUUGAAACGGAUGAUUUGAAACAGAAAUUAACUGAUGCUCAGGGUGACAUCAAGUUGCUACGGGAACAGAUCGCUAGACAGAGAGUUGGAACAAGUGAUGAAGGCAUGACAACUAGACAUUUUCCAGCCUAUGAAAGAGAAGAUUUAGUGAAACAAUUAGAAGCUUCCAGAGAACAGUAUUUACAACUGGAACACGAUCUACAACAAUUACUGGAUGAAAAAGAAGACCAAGAGACAGAAUUGGAUGCCUACAAAAGAAAAUAUGAAAAUUUAAAUCGUGAAUUAAACUAUAUUUUAAAAGGAGAUGAAAAGAGGAUUGUGGACAUUGAUGCUUUAGUUAUGGAGAAUAAAUAUUUAAUGGAGAGACUAAAACAAAUGGAAGAAGAAAAGACAAUGGCCAUGGCAACAGCCUCCAAAUAUAAGAGUAUCUUGGAAAGAAAGAAGAAUAAAGGGAUAUUAAAGUUUGGUCAGAGUCGAAGUGGUGGUUUGGUUAUAACACAAAAACAAGUUGGUCAAAUGUUACACAAUCCAAAUGCCAUGCCGUCAACGCCGCAAGCAAUGGCUGAUUUACAGGGCCUGUGUGGAGCAUUGUUAGAUACGAUAAACGAUAAAAACCUUGCUCUGUCUCACCAACGUAAAACUAACAAAAUUUUAGGUAGUCGUAUUUCUGAACUAGAGAAGAAAUUAAAAACGUUGGAAGUUUCUGGAUUGUGGAAUGUACCAGAUAUGACAAGCCUGGAGAAAUUGAGACAUGAAUGUGAUGAAGUUAAAACACUUAUACCUCGCCUUUUCUCGGAAUCCAGUGACAAUUCUGUUCCAAACACAGAGAAACUGGACGAUCUGAAUGACUUUGAAUCAGAAUUAUCUUCCAGUACUCCCAGUUCUGUUACAAGUCCUGUGCAUGUUACCCAGUCUGUGCGUUUUUCUGCGAAUACAGUUCACAUGGAUGACUUGGAUCUACUUCCUACUAAAGAAACCACGCAGGAAGUCAAAACUACAGAAUUAUCUCUGUCAGCCAAUCAAAAAUGUCUUCCAGCUAAAUCGGAAUCUGAGGAUGAUGAGUCAGAAUCAGAUCAACUUUUAGCCGGAUUUAUCAUCGGAAAAACUGGUAGGAAACAUACAACUCGGAAAGAUUCUGGAAGAGGCAAAUAUUCUAAAUUAGAUUCUAGAUCAUUACUGGAUAACUAUAGUCAAAGUGAAAGCGAAAGUAGUCCAGAGAAACAGAAAUACAAUACAGAAGGUGUCGAUUACGAUUCCGAAAUGACAGAUAAAAUAUCAUUAUUAUUAGGCGAUGCAACGGCUAAACUACAAAAUAAAAAUAAGUUGGUUGAAGACAAGUCUUUGAGACCAGCAAAGAACACACAAAAAUCACAAGUCAGUCGGAAAUCGCUGCCAAAAUCGUCUUUGGUUAUUAAUGUUGAUUGUGAUUUCGAUUCAAGAACAGAUAACUCUGUGAAACCUAGCAAAGUUACCGGAAGUGAUCUACAAGACAUAAAUAGAGCAAAAAAUGUGAAAAAUGCCUCGAUUGAUAAAAAUUUAAUAGAUAUGGAUUCACCAGUUCACGAAUUGAGAACAUUGGUGGAAGCCCCAAACAUAACUGAACAGAUUGACAAUGAUUUAAUAAAAUCAGAAGAGACAGGUCACAACCCGAGCUCAGAAUCAUCUGCCGUAGUCCCUGCAAGAAUGGCAGCUACUGCUUUGGAAUCUCGAGAGUCAAUUGAAUCCAGUGUGGAAAUUUGUGAAUCCAAUUCAAAAUCAUCAGGGCACAGUGAUCAAACUGAAUCUCACUUGGAUAUUUCAGAAUCCAAGCCUAAACUCUUGCAUCAUGACUCUUCUUCAGAAUCUCAUGUCUCGAGUCAUGACCCAAUCCCUGCCUCGGUUAUUGAAACCAUUGCUGAUUACAAAAGUUGUGAUAUGCCUCAAGUUUCAAAUCAAGAGCCCACUUAUGUCUCCGUGAAUGAGAACAAUGCAGAAUCUACAGAACAUUGUGAUAACUCUGAAUCUUCCACAUUCAACCACAGCAGCACCUCAACAGUUUCUGUAUCUUUGGAAGACACUAUUUGUCAAUCAGUGGAGGUUGACAACAUUGUUUUAAACUCUUUGAAUUGUGAUAAAAAUACAGACUUUAAAGCUGAGUUUGAGUCGGCAAACAAUGGCAGCAGUCCUAUACAAGAUGAAGAUCUCGAACCUAGCCCCGACGAGAAUACAGAUUGCAUACCAACAAACUGCAACAUUGUUCAUACUUCUUCUAUUCCUGCUAUUCAUAUAGAGAAAGAUGUUGAUUCAUUACUUCCAUCCCAUAAUAUUAACACAUCACAUGAUUCAAUAAAAGAAGCUGAUUGGGUUAGAGAGACCGAUGACGAUGAGGUGGAAUUGGCUGAUGAGUCAACACAGCUUGUUACCAAUAUCCAUGAGGAUGAUUAUUCGGUUGAAGUCGUUACCAUGACAACUAGUGAUCAGGAACCAGACAGCGAGGAUGGGGACGAAUUUGAAAGUGAAAAUUCAGAUUGUAUUGAAGGGAACGCUGCUGAAGUCGAGAUGACGGAGGGCGAGUUUACUAGUGAAUUGCUAUGCGUGGAAGUUGAUAAUGAUGUUGAUGAUGCAAGUAAAGACUUCUCGGUGUUGACUGAUGUAUCAGUGUCUGAAACCUCAGCAACUGAGGCGGAAGAUUGUGAUUCUCCUCUGGUUUCUGGGUCUUCUCAAAAUCAUCCACUUCUAUUUGAUGAUAAAAACAAUCCAUCAGAGAAAUCUCAACAUUCGUCGUCAAAUUCGACAAAUUCUCAUAUGUGUUAAAUGAUUUGUCUAUUUCUCAUACCUGUUAAAUGAUUGGUCUAUUGCUCAUACCUGCUAAAUGAUUGGUCUAAUUCCUGUAUGUGUUAAAGGGGCAUUAUGGGAGAUUAAAAAUUCUUGAUUAUCCAUUUUGACGUCAAAUCAUCCAUCACAAAAUGUAUUCAAAGUCAAUAAAUAUUGCAGGAGGCUAGUGAUGGCAUUUAGCGUUGAUUAUGGUCUGGAUAAGUUAAUAAAUGUCAAGUUAAUAAUUUAGAUAACAUUUCAGGCCUAAAGAAAGACCUACAAUUGGCAGAUUUAGCUCUUGCAUAAUGUAUGUUUAAGAAAGACCUGCAAUAGGCAGAUUUAGCUCUUGCAUAAUGUAUGUUUAAAUGAUACAUAUAUUUUAAUGUUGAAUGAUGGGUUUAAUUCUGAGACAUGUUGAAUAAUAGGUUUAAUUCUGAGACAUCUUGAAGGAUAGAAUUAAUUCUGAGACAUGUUGAAUGAUAGAAUUAAUUCUGAGAUAUGUUGAAUGAUAGAAUUAAUUCUGAGAUAUGUUGAAUGAUAGAAUUAAUUCUGAGAUAUGUUGAAUGAUAGAAUUAAUU